GGCGGAAAUAGGAAGAGGGAUUAUGCAGCCGUAAACACUGAUCUAAAGUCAGUUUAUUUUAUUUAUUCUCCAAGUGGUAAAUUAGGAUUCUGGUAUGAUAAACUGAUGUAAGAUCUGCUUUAGAGACAUCAUCUGAUUGAUUGAAUGGAUCAUGUGAGAACGGCCAGGGCCAGUUGCUGUGGAAACGUGAAUGGAGUCAACUCGUUUCGUGAUGGAAGAAAUUCAUCAAAGAAAAAUGUCCCAUAACCAUGGACUAGAGCUGAAUCUUCGCCAUCAUUAAACCAGAGGGCCAGUCAGUGGAUGGUUCAGGAGGACAGCGCCUAGCCUGACCACCCCAGCCACAUGAUGCUCCAACAGGCAGGCUCUGUGCAGCUUCUCUGCCUCACUGCCAACAGUGGGGUUCCUCUCUUCACCCGGGGGGCCUCUAAGCAACUCCCCUUCUCAGUCAUCGGCUCCCUGAACGGUGUGCACAUGUUCGGAGCGGGCCAGGGGGUGGUGCUGGCUGGCUGUGAGACUGAUCGCGGAGGCCGGAUGGUGUGGAGGGUAUUUCAGGACAGCGUGAUGCUCAUAGCGGUGAGCAGCGGUGGGCAGGCCCAGCAGGAAGGUGGUGGUGCAGGAGAAGAAGACCUCCACCUGCGGCGCCUGCUGGAGAACGUGUGGAACUGCAUGGUGCUAGUGCUGGGGCAGGAUGAGCUGGCCAGCUUGAGGAACGUGGAGCGGCUGAAGAGGGACCUGCGCUCCUGCUACCGCCUCAUCGACCAGCUCCUGGAGGGGGGACAAGGACAGGAGGGAAUUAUGGGGGACCUGACACAUUGCGCGGACUGCCUGCUGCCCCCCAACGCCACCCUGCUUCAGGAGGGCCUAGACGGCUUUACCCAGGCUGCAGAUAGCGAGUUUGGCUGCCUGAUGGUCCACGGACGGAUAGCCACCGCCACGGAAAAAUGGUGGCGUCUGGCGCCGCAGGAAGUGGUUCUCCUAUCCGUUCUGGCCCGCUCUCUCUCCCUCUCAGGCUCUGCGUCCUGUGACACCCCUGUCUUCCUGCCCCAGGGCAGCCCCACGGUGGCACAUCGCCUGCUCCGCUUCCAGCUGCUUCCGGGGGCGGAUGUGUGCGUGCUGUGCGGCCCCAGUCCCACCCUGCACAGGUCUGAGAGCGAGCUAGUGGGUUGUUUCUGGUCUCCUCUACUGGAGGCCCUGAGAGGCAGCCUGGCCGUGGGGGAGCGCUGCCUGCCAGGCUCUGUGACCCUCCGCCCUGAUGUCCUGGCUCUGCUGCUCAUCAACAGAGAGUCCCGUCGCUCUGUCUCCUGUGUGAAAGCCAUCAUUACUAACCCCAACCAUCCUCCCAGUGACCAUCCUCUGCCCUCCAAGGCACGCUGCUGGGAGCUGCUCAGGCUCUUCUACACUUUUACCACCACUCGCUACUUUCCUCUGGAGGAGUCCCCGGCCCUGACCCCAGGGGAGAAGGCCCAACGUGGGGACUCCCUCCGGGAGGACUUUGCCCUGGGCUUCUCCCACCAGCCGCUGCAGUGCUACCUGGUGACUGAGGAGUGUAAGUGUUUUGGCCUGCAGACUGCCCAACAUCAGCUCUACCUGCUUACCCCUCUCUCAGUGCCUACCUUCGCCCUACGCUCCGUGGCUACACAGACCCUCUCCACCAUCACUUUAGCCACAGGAUUUUAGGCCAGCUUUUAUAAUGGACAUGGGCACAUUGCUGUGAAACCUAUGGAUAGCGUUACACUGUUCACUAUAUCUACCACUUUCAUCAUAGACAACCAUUAUGGAGCAAGGAAUGCUCCUUUUACCUCAAUUUGAUACUCCAGAAUAUUCUUGUGUGUGUAUGUGUAUAUAUAUAUAUAUAUAUAUAUAUAAAUAAAUAUAAUCACACUUGAUGGUUUUUGCGACUGCACUUGAAGAAAAUUUCAAAGUUCUUAAAAUUUUCCGGA